AACAUGGUGGGAUCUGUCACUGACUGAUUAUUUUGAUCGGUUUUUUCAAAGUUUUAACAAUUUCUGUUUGAAUUAUCAGGUGCCUGAAAUGUCUGUCCAUCCCAUGUUAACACCUUUCGACUGCGAAAACGCAAUCAUCGAAGAUUAUUAUUGCAAGAAGUGUGAUUUCCAGACUGAACUAACAGUAUUUUUUAAAGAACACGUUUCAAGAUAUCACUCCGUGAAGAAAGAAGAUCCAGGCGCACUAAAUAAUGAAUACCGGAUUAAAAAUUAUUUUUGUGAAACAUGCAGCUUUUUAACACAUUCCGCUAUUAAUUGGCUCCAACAUGUUAGAGCAUGUUUGAUAAACAACGAAAAAACAAGACAAGAUGAAUUAGUUUGGCACCACUGCACACAAUGUUCGUACAAAUCUAAAAACAAAUCUGGAUUAAGAAGUCACCUAAUCUCGCGACAUUUAAGCGACCAAGAUGUAACAUGGUACAACUGUGGACAAUGUGAAUAUAAAACUAAAUUUAAAUCGACACUAAACAGACACGUUAUUACACACCAUCUGGACGAAAAAUACAUCAAAUGGUACAACUGUAAUGACUGUCCAUAUAGAGCUAAAACCAGCUGUGACUUAGGCAAGCACAUAAUGUACAAGCAUCUGGACGAAAAAGAUAUUAAAUGGUUCAAUUGUGACAUGUGUCCAUACAAAACAAAACGAAAUAGUUACUUAAAAAAACACGUAAUUGCUCGCCACGUAGAUGAACAGUAUAUUAAAUGGCGCAAGUGCAAAGUGUGUCCCUACAAAACUAAAGAAAACCACAAUUUAAAAAGCCAUAUGAACACUCACCAUUUGGAUGAACGCGAUAUCCAAUGGUGUGAAUGCAAAAAGUGUCCCUACAAAACUAAAUACAAAGCAAAUCUUAAAGCUCACACUCGUAUGUGUCAUUUAAGUGAAGAGAAAAUUAGAUGGUAUGAAUGCCAAAAGUGUGUCUAUAAAAGCAAGUAUAAGUCGACGUUGAAUAGACACGUGAUUACGCGACAUUUGGAAGACAAAGAUGUCCAGUGGUAUAAAUGCCGAGAGUGUCAAUAUAAAACUAAAACCAGCUAUGAGUUAAAAAAACACGUAAAAUUCAAGCACUUGGACGAAAAAGACGUGAAAUUGUACAAAUGUGAAAAGUGUCCAUUCAAGACAAGACGGAGUUUUUAUUUAAAAAGACACAUAACGACGCAGCACUUAGAUGAGCAGUUUAUUACGUGGUAUGAAUGCAAAAUGUGCGAGUACAAGACUAAACAGAAGAGCAAUUUGAAAAGUCAUAUAAACGUUAGUCAUUUGGACGAGCAGGAUAUUAAGUGGUUUAAAUGUGAAAAGUGCUCGUACAAGUCUAAGUAUAAAUCGGCUUUGAAAAGUCACAUAAAUGCGUGCCACUUGACUGGAGACGAGAUUAAAUGGUUCAAGUGUAAAGAAUGCCCAUAUAGAGCCAAGUACAGUUCGCAUUUGAGAAGCCACGAAAAUACGCGACAUUCAGACGAGAAAGACGUUAAAUGGUAUGAAUGCAACCAGUGUAUGUUCAAAAGUACAGUUAACUCUAAUUUAAAAAAGCAUAUAAAUAUACACCAUUAGAAUAAA